AUGGCUAUAUCUCUGAAGAAGUAUAUGUUGAAGCAACCACCAAGAUUUGCAAACGUCACUUUCCCUUAUAAUGUAUAUAAGCUGACUAAAGCUUUGUACGGUCUCAAACAAGCUCCUCGUGCCUGUCCUAACUCUGUUUUAUGUGAAGAAUUUGCUCUUUCUAUGAAAGGAGAAUUUGAAAUGAGCAUGAUGAGAGAAUUAACGUUCAUUCUCGGACUUCAAAUCAAACAGUCCCCUAGAGGGAUUUUCAUUAGCCAAACCAAGUAUACUAAGGAACUUAUAAAUAAGUUUGGCAUGGAGAAUGCUAAGUCAAUCGGUACUCCAAUGAGUCCAACAACGAUGCUCGAUGAAGACAACAAUGGAAAGAAUGUUGAUGAAACCAUGUGUAGAGGGAUGAUUGGUUUCUUAUUAUAUCUCACUGCUAUUCGACCAUAUAUUAUUUUCAGUGUCUGCAAGUGUGCAAGAUUUCAGUCGGCUCCUAAAGAAUCCCAUCUCACUACUGUUAAACGUAUUAUUAGAUACCUUAUUGGUACCUCUAAGCUAGGAUUAUGGUAUGAUCAUUCUAACAAUUUUUCCUUAAGAGGAUUUUCAAAUGCAGAUUUUAUAGGUGACAAGAUUAACAGACAAAGCACCAGUGGCAUGUGUCAACUUUCGGGAAAUGCACUAGUAUCUUGGCAUAGUAAGAAACAAAAUUGUGUUGCCCUAUCAACAACUGAAGCAGAAUAUUUAGCUGUUGGAAGCUGUUGUACAUAA